CCACUUUCCUUCUUGUUGCGUAUCCAGCAGCCGAGGAAGGCUCCCCACCGUCUCUAGAAGAUACCCCAUUAAACCUGGUGGAUGAUCUUCCUGUUAACGCCUCCUCGCUCCAUCUUCCCGCGUUUCCAGUCCAAACUACUACACCUUAAUUCAACCGCAAAACAAGAUGCGCCACGAGGUAGAGCAGGAGCUUGCUCACACGCUCCUUGUGGAGCUGCUUGCAUACCAAUUUGCCUCGCCUGUGAGGUGGAUUGAAACCCAAGAUGUUUUCCUCGCGGAGCAAGUGGCGGAGCGGAUCGUCGAGAUCGGUCCUGCGGACACACUCGGCGUGAUGGCGAAACGCACUCUGGCCGCCAAGUACGAAGCCUACGACGCUGCCAAAUCGGUGCAGAGACAAAUUCUUUGCUACAACAAGGACGCCAAAGAGAUAUAUUACGCUGUCGACCCGGUCGAGGAGGAGCCCGAGCCUGCCGCACCCGAGGCUAGCUCGUCGAGUGCACCUGCAGCCGCCCCCGCCGCCGCUCCCGCUCCGGUUGCUGCGGCCCCUCCACCACCGUGUGCCGGGCCGGCCGCCCAGGUGCCGGAUGCACCUGUCCAGGCCCUCGAUAUCGUGCGGGCAUUGAUUGCCCAGAAACUUAAGAAAUCCAUUCAAGACAUUCCUCUCAGCAAGGCGAUCAAAGAUUUGGUUGGCGGCAAGUCGACUCUCCAAAAUGAGAUUCUCGGCGAUCUAGGCAAAGAAUUCGGCUCGACGCCCGAGAAGCCCGAAGACACGCCCCUCGACGAAUUGGGUGCCGCGAUACAGGCUACUUUUGACGGGAACCUUGGCAAGACUUCUCAGGGCCUCAUUGCCCGUCUUAUAUCCUCCAAGAUGCCGGGUGGCUUUAACAUCACAACUGCGCGGAAGUACCUCGAGACAAGGUGGGGUCUGGGGUCUGGUCGGCAGGAUGGCGUGCUUCUGCUCGCUAUCACCAUGGAGCCCCCUGCUCGUCUGGGAUCAGACGCCGAUGCAAAGGCCUUCCUCGACGACGUGACCCAGAAAUAUGCUUCAAAUGCGGGCAUAAGCCUCUCCAGCGCUGCUGCCGCUGGCCCCGCAGCCGGUGUUGGAGGUGGCAUGAUGAUGGAUCCCGCUGCGAUCGAGGCAUUGACCAGCGACCAGAAGGCGCUGUUCAAACAGCAGCUUGAGCUGAUUGCCAGGUACCUCAAAAUCGAUAUCCGUGCGGGCGACAAGGCGUUCCAGGCGUCGCAGGAGUCGACCAAGGUCCUCCAGUCUCAACUUGACCUGUGGUUGGCCGAGCACGGCGACUUCUACGCUACGGGGAUUGAACCAUGUUUCAGCCCUCUCAAGGCCCGCGUUUACGAUUCUUCGUGGAAUUGGGCACGCCAGGACGCCUUGAGCAUGUACUAUGACAUCAUUUUCGGCAGGCUGAAGGCUGUUGACCGCGAGAUUGUCAGCCAGUGCAUCCGGAUCAUGAAUCGCUCGAAUCCCACUCUUCUGGAGUUCAUGCAGUACCACAUUGACAACUGCCCCACUGAGCGCGGCGAGACCUACAAACUUGCUAAGGAACUCGGGGCCCAGCUCAUCGAAAAUUGCAAAGAGUCUCUCGGAGUCGACCCUGUGUACAAAGAUGUCGCCAUUCCGACUGGCCCUAAAACCACCAUCGAUGCUGAGGGCAAGAUGAGCUAUGAAGAGGUUCCGAGGGCGAGCUGCCGGAAGUUGGAGCACUAUGUGCAGCAAAUGGCCGAGGGCGGCAAGAUCUCGGAGUAUGGCAACCGGACCAAGGUCCAGAAUGAUCUCUCCAGGAUCUACAAGUUGAUUCGACAGCAGUACAAGUUCUCCAAGGGGUCGCAGCAUGAGAUCAAGAGCCUGUACAGCGAGGUCAUUCGUUCACUUGGCAUGAACGAGAGUCAGAUCAUUCCCAAGGAGAAUGGAAGAAUCAACGGUCUCUCGAAGAAGGGCAAGCCCAAGGGCAAGGUCGAGACCAUCCCGUUCCUCCAUCUCCGCAAAAAGACACAGCACGGGUGGGACUUUGACAGGAAGCUCACCAAGAUCUAUCUUGACUGUCUCGAAGGAGCAGCUAAGAACGGUCUCACUUUCAGCAAUAAAUACGUGCUGAUGACUGGUGCUGGUGUUGGCUCUAUCGGCGCCGAGGUUCUUAAGGGGCUCAUCAGUGGCGGUGCCAAGGUCAUCGUCACCACAAGCCGCUUCUCGCGCGAAGUCACCGAGUAUUACCAGUCGAUGUAUGCUCGGUAUGGCUCGCGCGGUUCUCAGCUCGUGGUGGUACCUUGUAACCAGGGCAGUGUCCAGGACAUCAACGCGCUGGUCGACUACAUCUAUGACCCCAAGAACGGCCUGGGCUGGGAUCUCGAUUACGUUGUCCCGUUCGCUGCCAUUUCCGAGCAGGGCCGACAAAUUGAUGGGAUCGAUUCUAAGUCUGAGCUAGCUCAUCGCGUCAUGCUCACCAACACCAUCCGUCUUCUCGGCAAUGUCAAGGCCCAGAAGGCUGCUCGGGGCUACGAGACACGCCCCGCUCAGGUUAUUCUCCCGCUUUCGCCCAACCAUGGAACAUUUGGCAGCGACGGCCUGUAUUCUGAGUCUAAGCUCGGCCUCGAGACUCUUUUCAAUCGGUGGGCUUCUGAGGACUGGGGUAAUUACCUCACCAUUUGCGGCGCCAUUAUUGGUUGGACUCGCGGUACAGGCUUGAUGUCCGGCAACAACAUCGUGGCCGAGGCUGUUGAGCGCUUCGGUGUUCGCACUUUCUCGCAGCAGGAAAUGGCGUUUAACCUUCUCGGCUUAAUGUCCCAAACCAUCGUCGAUCUUUGCCAGAAUGAGCCCGUUUUUGCAGACCUCAACGGCGGUUUGCAGUUCAUCCCCAACCUCAACGAGACCAUGACGAAGGAGCGCAAGACCCUGACUGAGACGAGUGAAAUCCGUUACGCAGUCAGCAAGGAGACUGCUGCGGAGAACAAGAUCAUCAACGGAGAAGACUCGGAGGCUCUCUAUAAGCAGAAGAUCAUCGAGCCCCGCGCCAACAUCAAGUUCGACUUCCCACCCCUCCCGAACUGGGACUCGGAGGUUGCUCCUCUCAAUGAGAAGCUCAGGGGCAUGGUCGACCUCGACAAGGUGGUUGUUGUCACGGGCUUUGCUGAAGUCGGACCAUGGGGUAAUGCCAGGACCAGGUGGGAGAUGGAGGCUUACGGUGAGUUCUCGAUCGAGGGCUGCAUCGAGAUGGCCUGGAUCAUGGGUCUCAUCAAGAACCACAACGGGCCGAUCAAGGGCCAGCCAUGCUCCGGCUGGGUGGAUGCCAAGACUGGCGAGCCGGUCGAUGACAAAGACGUGAAGCCCAAGUACGAGAAGUACAUCCUGGAACAUUCCGGCAUUCGCCUGAUCGAACCCGAACUUUUUGACGGUUACGACCCCAACAAGAAGCAGCUGAUGCAUGAGGUUGUUAUUGAGGAGGAUCUGGACCCCUUCCAGGCCUCCAAGGACACUGCCGAGGAAUUCAAGCGUGAGCACGGUGACAAGGUGGAGAUCUUUGAGAUUCCCGAGACGGGCGAAUACACUGUGCGCAUGAAGAAGGGCGCGUCUCUCUGGAUCCCGAAGGCGCUUCGGUUCGACCGUCUUGUUGCCGGCCAGAUCCCUACGGGCUGGGAUGCCAAGCGCUAUGGUAUUCCUGACGAUAUUAUCUCUCAGGUUGACCCGGUAGCUUUGUUUGUCCUUGUCUCUACUGCCGAGGCUUUGUUGUCUGCCGGUAUCACCGACCCGUACGAGUUCUACAAGUAUGUCCAUGUCUCUGAAGUGGGCAACUGCGUGGGCUCCGGCAUGGGCGGUGCGAAGGCACUUCGGGGCAUGCACCGCGACCGGUUCCUCGACAAGCCGCUCCAGAACGAUAUCCUCCAAGAGUCGUUCAUCAACACCAUGGCUGCUUGGGUCAACAUGCUGCUCCUCUCGUCGUCCGGCCCGAUCAAGACUCCUGUCGCAGCCUGCGCCACUGCCGUUGAGUCCCUCGACGUCGGCUACGAGACCAUUAUGGAAGGCAAGGCCCGGGUGUGCAUUGUCGGCGGAUUUGACGACUUCGGUGAGGAGGGCUCUUAUGAGUUCGCCAACAUGAAGGCCACCAGCAACGCCGUGGACGAGUUUGCGCAUGGUCGGACGCCCAAGGAGAUGUCGAGGCCUACGACCACGACCAGGAACGGCUUCAUGGAGGCUCAGGGUUGCGGUGUCCAGGUCAUCAUGACUGCCAAGCUGGCCUUGGAUAUGGGCGUUCCGAUCUAUGGUAUUCUGGCUCUUACCACGACAGCGUCGGACAAGAUUGGGCGCUCGGUGCCUGCACCCGGCCAAGGUAUCCUCACAACUGCUCGGGAGCACCGCGGCAAAUACGAGUCGCCCCUGCUCGACAUCAAUUACAGGCGGCGACAGAUUGAACGCCGCACCAGGCAGAUUGAGCAAGACAAGGAAGCUGAUCUCGAGUACCUCGCGGCUGAGGCCGAAGCCCUCAAGGCUGACGGUCGGUCGGAGGGUGAGGUCGCCGAAUAUGUCGCGGACCGCGCAAGACACAUUGAAAAGGAGGCCGAGAGGCAGAAGAAGGAGGUCCUCCGCAGCUAUGGCAACAAUUUCUGGAAGGGCGACCCGAGCAUCGCUCCCCUGCGUGGUGCUUUGGCGACGUGGGGUCUCACGAUUGAUGACCUCGGUGUUGCAUCGUUCCACGGCACGUCUACCAAGGCUAACGACAAGAACGAAUCCUCGGUCAUCUGCCAGCAGCUUGCCCAUCUUGGUCGUAAGAAGGGCAAUGCUGUCCUCGGUAUUUUCCAGAAAUACCUCACGGGCCACCCCAAGGGCGCUGCCGGUGCCUGGAUGAUGAACGGGUGCUUGCAGGUUCUCAAUACUGGUCUUGUUCCUGGAAACCGCAAUGCCGACAACGUGGAUGAGGUGAUGGAGAAGUUUGACUACAUCGUCUACCCGAGCCGCAGCAUCCAGACAGACGGCGUGAAGGCGUUCUCGGUCACGUCUUUUGGUUUCGGCCAGAAGGGUGCCCAGGCAAUCGGCGUCCACCCGCGGUAUCUCUUUGCCACUCUGGACAAGGAGACCUUCGAGGAGUACCGGGUCAAGGUUGAGGCUCGGCAGAAGAAGGCUUACCGCUACUUCCACAAUGGCAUGAUCAACAACUCGUUGUUCGUCGCCAAGGACAAGGCACCAUACACGGAUGAGCAGCUCAGCUCGGUGCUCCUGAACCCUGACGCGCGGGCUACUGCGGACAAGAAAACGGGAUUGAUCACAUUCCCUAGCAACUUCAUGAAGCUGUCGGAACAGACGCAGACUCACUCGGAGCGCAAGGCGACGCUGGAGUCGGUGCUUAGCCGGAACGCGCGGCAGCUGGAGAGCAUCAACACGCGUGUUGGGUUCGAUGUUGAGGAUAUCGCUGCCAUAAACGCAGACAACGACACGUUUUUGGAGCGCAACUUUACUCCGGCUGAGAUGCAAUAUUGCCUUGGAUCGACCACAGGCCGGUCGCCUCAGAAGGCGUUUGCCGGGAGGUGGAGCGCCAAGGAGGCGGUCUUCAAGGCCCUGGGAGUUGCCAGCAAGGGGGCGGGUGCGGCCAUGAAGGACAUUGAGAUCCUGACGGAUCAGAACGGGGCCCCAACGGUCAAGCUUCACGGUGCCGCCCAGGAAGCUGCUGAAAAGGCGGGCGUCAAAAGUGUGACUGUCUCGAUUUCGUACACGGAGAACCAUGCUGCCGCCAUUGCGACGGCACAGCUAUGAGAGAAUUGGGAUUCUUCAGGAGGAAGAUUCGAAGUUCCUUGUGGAAUGGGCUAGGAUUAUUAUGAUCAUGUCUUGUAAUUGCGCUUGAGGCAGCAUAAGUACGAGUUAUCGGCUUGUAAAUCGCGGCUUAGACGAGGUGCGCCUCGGGGCGUACCCAUGUUGUAAUCAAAUGAUUAGAUA